AUGAAGGAGUGGCUGGAGAGAAGCCACGGCGCCCUCAGCUUCCGCCUGACACAGGUUCUCACCGGACAUGGUUGUUUCGGAAAGUUCCUGUGUCGCAUAGGCCGGGAGCCCACGCCCGAAUGCCACCAUUGUGGCACCGGCAACGAAGAUUCGGCGCUGCAUACGUUGGCGGAGUGCCCAGCUUGGGCAACGCAGCGCCGUGAUUUAACUGCGGUACUGAAUGCUGCGGGAAAUCUUUCGCUGCCGGCCGUCGUGUCUUGCAUGGUCAGCAGCGAAGAAGAGUGGAAUGCCGUCGCCUCCUUUUGCGAGGAGGUGAUGGCUUUAAAGGAGGCGGCGGAAAGGAUAAAUAAUGGACAGAAGUGGACCCGGGGGAAACAGCAAGUAUUAUCACAAAUCUGA